AGGGCACAAGAAGAUUGUGUGAUCUAGUAUUGUCAGGUUGUGUGGAACCUGAGCUAUUGCCUCGUUCUCCAUGACCCAUUGUAGGGCAGGAUGCAUUUGCGAGAGAUAUAAGCUUUAAAUGGAUGUGUAUAAGUGUAGAGAGAGAGUGUGAGAGAGAAAGAGGGUGGGGAGGUUGAGCAAGCAAAUGAGAGUAAAAGAGAGAGAGAGAGAGGCAGCGCACGAAUGCAACAGAGCAGCGGAGGAGAGGAGAGAGAGAGGCAAGGAGGACUAGGCAUUACGGUCGCGCCUUUACAAGCUGCACGCGAGAUGCCAGGACUGCUGCAGAGAGAUUGCUGUUUCUUUCCUUUUUCUUUCUUUCAUCAGCUUUCCCUCACAUUGAACUCUUCCUCCUCUCGUCUGUCUCAGAGGUGCAUGAAGGAACGGCCAUACUUGGAGUCCAGGUGGCUGCAGUUCUGAGAUCUCCGUUUGAAAAUCUUCUCAGCCUCUUGUGAGAUUGAGUAGCCACUUGAAGCUUGAAGAAAGAAAAAUUAAAGACAAGAGCCUUGAAAUUGCAUAAAAAGGAGGGAGAACGCCUUCAAAACAAAGGAAUGGAUGGAAUAGAGGAGAAAUAGUCUUCUUGCCUCAUCACAGACUAAUAAAAAUUUGAAACGGCACAGCGCAGCAACAAAUCAGUAUUCCCCGGCAGAGCUUGCAAGAAAUGGCCAAGAGGGUUAACCCUUUAAAUAGCUGAACUGAUUCUUUGAACAGCCACAAUCUGCAAACAAAAGACUUGAGCUGAUGAAUUUUAAUGGGUCAUUUCAGAAUCUUUUUUGAUAUAUGGAGAUCCUCAGAUUCAAAUGGCUUUGACACUCUGACAGCCCCAAAUUUUUUGUAGCAGAUAAUGAAAACACACGCCUACUUCCAUUUACCUCACAGGAUUCCUUCUUAGCUUAAUAAAUGUACAGACAGAGCAAGGAACUAUUCUGAGAUCCUCAGCUCGGAUGACUAGUUUGGAAAGACUCUCUCUUGUCCAAAACGGUUCAGAAAAACUUCUCAGGGCUGACUGGUGUUCUUCUCAUUGACAUAUUUGAUUCAUUAGCAACGCUUAGCCACCAAAUUAAACAUGGCUGCUGGAGUGGCAACAUGGCUACCAUUUGCCAGGGCAGCGGCUGUCGGCUGGCUUCCUCUGGCCAAGAAAACCAUGCCCAAACCACCAGUGGACAAAAAAAGCCGCAACGACGAGAUCCUGUUCGUAAACGUGAGCGGGCUCCGCUUCCAGACAUGGAAGAACACGCUGGACCGCUAUCCCGACACCCUGCUGGGCAGCUCAGAAAAGGAGUUUUUCUACAACGAGGACACUCAGGAGUAUUUCUUCGACAGGGACCCGGAGAUGUUUCGCCACAUUUUGAACUUCUACCGAACCGGCAAGCUUCACUACCCGAAGCAGGAGUGCAUUCAGGCCUUUGACGAGGAGCUGGCGUUUUACGGCAUCGUGCCAGACAUUAUCGGUGACUGCUGCAUGGAAGAGUACAGGGACCGCAAGAAAGAGAACCAGGAACGUUUGGCUGAGGACACGGAGGCUGAGAAUGCGACAGAUACCCCACUUCCGCCAGACAGCACAUCUCGGGAACGUUUGUGGCGUGCCUUUGAAAACCCCCACACAAGCACCAUGGCUCUCGUUUUCUACUACGUCACUGGUUUCUUCAUCGCUGUUUCAGUCAUCGCAAACGUGGUGGAAACCGUCCCCUGCCGACCCCCCAAAGGCAGCAAGAAAGACUUGCCAUGCGGGGAGAAAUACACGCUGGCGUUUUUUUGCAUGGACACGGCCUGCGUCCUUAUCUUCACAUUCGAGUACCUCAUGAGGCUUUUCGCCGCGCCCAGCCGCUGCAAGUUCAUGCGCUCGGUCAUGAGCGUCAUUGACGUUGUCGCCAUCAUGCCCUACUACAUCGGCCUGGUCAUGCCUGAGAACGAGGACGUGAGCGGCGCGUUCGUCACAUUGAGGGUGUUCCGCGUCUUCCGGAUCUUCAAGUUCUCGCGUCAUUCUCAGGGCCUGCGAAUCCUGGGUUAUACUCUGAAGAGCUGCGCUUCUGAGUUGGGCUUCCUCCUGUUUUCCCUCACCAUGGCCAUCAUAAUAUUUGCUACCGUCAUGUUCUACGCCGAGAAAGGUACCAAGGGAACCAACUUUACCAGCAUUCCAGCCUCCUUCUGGUACACCAUUGUCACCAUGACAACUCUUGGGUAUGGAGACAUGGUUCCAAACACCAUCGCUGGAAAGAUCUUCGGCUCUAUCUGCUCUCUCAGUGGCGUGCUGGUUAUCGCCCUUCCUGUACCCGUCAUCGUGUCCAACUUCAGCCGAAUCUACCAUCAGAACCAGAGAGCGGACAAGAUGCGAGCCCAGCAGAAAGUCAGACUGGCCAGGAUUCGCUUGGCCAAGAAGGGAACCACCAACGCCUUCCUACAAUACAAAGAAGAAGGAGGAUUUCAGGGUCGAGGCAGUGACAACGCUGUGUGUCUGAAGAACAGAUCUUCCUUUGAGCACCAGCACCAUCACCUGCUGCAUUGUCUGGAAAAGACUACAAACCAUGAGUUCACAGAUGAGCUGACUUUCAGUGAGAUGUGUAUGACCGAGUCGGUGGGCUAUCGCACCAGCCGCAGCACUUCCAUCUCCAGCCAGCAGGGGGUGUCGACAUCCUGCUGCCCCCGCAGAGCUAAGAGAAGAGCCAUCCGCCUCGCCAACUCCACCGUAUCCGUCAGCCGGGGCAGCGUGCAGGAGCUGGACACUCUGCAAGUGCACAAAACCUCUUCUGGACCCCAAAGCCGCUCCAGUCUCAACGCCCGGACAGAAGACCUGAAGCUAAACUGUGAGGAUCGGGAUUUCACUGCGGCUAUAAUCAGUAUACCCACCCCACCCGCCAACACCCCUGACGAGAGUCUGCCGCCCUCUCCUGCCAUUCCCGGAAUCUUACGCAACUCUCGCCCUACUUCCUUCACCCAUGAGACAGUGAAGAUCUCCUCCUUAUAACCGCCACGAGCACAUAAGCAUCCCCUUCUGCACAGAGGAAAGGAAGUGAUGCAGGCUUCUCCCAGGAAAGAUCGCAAACGCCACAGAAAAGACAAAGUGCAUCUCGUAACAAAUCUGCUUCAUUCCAAAAUCGUCAAUUCGACGUGGACUCGCAUGAGCUGACAUGCUUUGUGUGACCCCAGACAAUUCAUGCAAGACUGACGGUACGCGUUUGGGGGAGAUUGAAAAGAUGAACUCAAUCGCAUUUUACGAUAAAUCAGCAGUUGUAGUGGCACAGAAGGCCUUUUACUUUUAAAGAUAUGCAAUGUUUCAACAAGCAGGAAUUAUGCUUAUACGUCCACUGCGUAAUACAGUUGCAGGAGAGAUUACAAAAGGCGGAAAUUAUCGUAAAGUACAUCGAUAUAUCAAACCCGUAGAUCUUUGCAGGGAAAAAUACAAUGGCCGAGAUAAAGCAGGUGGUGUAUAUGUACCAAUAUUUGUAUCAUACCUCUUUAGAUCACAUGCAUCUUCAAAAGCCCACAAAAUAAGAUGAGGAGAUCUCUGACCCAAACAUGCAUGUUGUUGUAUAGUAGAUACCAUGGCAGAGAAUGGAGCCGCCAACAUGCUACUCUCACAUACUUUUGCAUGGUACUUCUUUUACCUCCAUUUCGUUUGUCUCGUUUUCUUUCUUGACAUCGAUGAAAAAAGACGAUAUUUACAGUAUUAAUGAUCAAAUGUGUUGCACCAGAUGUGCACAUUAGAAAAAAAAAGAACGAUAAACAGAAAAAAAAAAAACAUUCAGGCAUGUUCUUUGCAAAAAUCUGAGGUCGGCAAUGAGUGUGUGUGUGAGUGCGUGUGUGUAUGAUGGGUGACUGGGAAGGACUUGUAUUAUUUGAUCACAGAUAUGCAUGGAUACCGUUGUAGGUAUUUUUAUGUGUUUUCUCCCAUGGGAAAAUGAAAGGUUUCUAUAGCAUUUUAAAGCGAAUGGAGGGCGUUUACCACUGUCAUAGAGUUUUACUGCAGUAAUUAGAGUCACUUCAACUUAUUUUUCAUUUGGCUUAGUAAUUAAGUGUAACCUUUAAAACCAAGCUAGCUAUUUUUAUACAAUAGCUUAUGCAUUGAACACGGCUAUGUAAUGAUCCAGUGAAGCAUUUCUCAAAUUUGUUUUUAAAGCUCAUCUGUUAAUGUUUAUUUAAAAAUCAUUAGCAGCAAUGAGACAGGCAAUAAUAGUGUAAUUAUUUUUAAGUACAGAACAGAAAUGAAAGAUACAAUUAUGUAUGGAAAUUAGUACAAAAAAGGAGGAAUGCAAAUUUGCACUUGACUGUGAUGAAAAUAUACAGUAUUUGUUACUCUGUUUACAAGCAUUUUUCCUAACUUAUUUUUUACGUUCGUUUUGGUUCUGUCUAUUUCUCUCUCUCUCUCUCUUUUUUUUUCUCUCCAGCUUCAUAAAGCAGUGUGAAGUGGUAAAUUUAGUAAUUGGUCAGGCACCUGCUCAUUUUCGGUAGGGGGUGUUGGAUGAAACGGCUCCCGGUAGGAGAUUAAAGAGUUAGAUAAAGCACAGAGGUGUAAAGUCUAUUCCACAAAUAAAGUGAACAGAACUCAGAAAACAUGGUGUGUGUCGGCUCUCAAUUACAUGUAAACAUACACAUCAGUUCAUUUGUUUGAAAUGUGUCAUUAUUGAAUAUCAAUGAUGGCACAAAAAUGUCUGAAUGUCGACCAAUUAUGGUCUUUUCUUCAGAUUUGCUGACACCAUCUGAUAUUUUAUAGUGCUAAUCUUCAAUGUGUUGGUUGAUGUUCACUUAAAAGUCUCAUGGCUAAUUGUUUUCUGGUCUUCUCCUGAGGGAGCACUGUGUAAUUGGCUAUCAAUUUGCAUAAUGUGAGAAUUUGCCAUUAAAUCAUAAUAAUUUGGCUGAGCGUAA